AUGGAUGUCGAUCCCCCUUCUACACCAUACGCCGGUCCAGAGCCCGUCAGAGGCGGUGCGGAGACUAGAACCACACCCCCAUCAUCCGGUUCGAAAAUUGUGCAGAGGCAUCAGCGCUCAACUUCAGUGGAUAUGCUAGCCAAUGAGCAGCGGUCUGGUGAGACCAACCGAUAUACCGCAGCUUCAGAGACAAGCUCUACCUCAAAUCAAGGAUCCAGUACGGCCAGCACUUCAGCCACUAGCUACGAGCCGUCCCCGCCGGCUAGCUCGAUGUUUCCAACCACUGAUGGCACCGCUGCCGCGGGCCAGGUUCCUUCCGUCGAUGAGCAGAUCUCUUUAGUCACACCAUUGCUCGCUGAGCCGCUUCAGGAAGGCCAGAAGGGCUUCAUUGUGUCGGCUCGUUGGCUCGCUCGAGUGAUGGCUCGCAGCACCGAGGGUCAAAGGAGCAAUGAAUAUCCGAAGGAAGCGAGCGAAGGGGAGAUCGGGCCAAUAGACAGCUCGGACCUCGUUGACGCUCAUUUUGAUGAGCGCCUCAUAGAUGAGAAGGGUGAUCCCUUCAUACCACUCAAACCUGGUUUGCGCAUGAAUGACGAUUUCGAGGUCUUUCCUGAAAAAGCUUGGGCUUGGAUGCUGCAGUGGUACAGCGUGGCGGAAGGAUCGCCAUCCAUUGUGCGCUACGUACACAAUACUAGUCCUGAAGACGCGGCUAUCCAAAAUCUGCAAUAUGAGCUCUAUCCACCGAUAUUCACCAUCCAGAAGCUGAGGAACGAUACACAUGGCUUUUCGCAGCAACUAUUGAAGGAUGCGCAGCGCAAUGCACCCAGGGUCGUCGGGAGCCGAAAUCAGCUGUUCCAGGAUUUCCUGGGUCAGGCCAAGGCUGUAGCGGACAUCGAUCGCAAGACGAAGGUUCAGCUCUGGAGAGUCAUUGUGCCGAUAUCGACCGGCUCCAGCGAGGAGCAGACUAAUGGCCAGUCUGGUAUGUUGACGCCCGCCACCUCUCGCAGCGGCUCUCAAUCGCCUCCGCCUGUUGCAGCACCACCCCCGAAGCUCCUUAUUGACAUUGCUACUUUCACUGCCAUGGCCGAGGGUACUCAGCGUGAAAUGGUCGAUGCCAAGGACGAGACUAUGAACGAGAAGUACAACGGUCACCUGAGGCUUGAUACAGUUGGUCUUGCCCAGGACCAGGUUCUCAUUCUGGAAGAGCAAAUCCGCAAUGUGCCCGGUGAUGAAUUUGUAUCCGAUGCUGCACGAAAGGCUGCCAGCAAGAAUGGCAUUUCGUUGAAACCGGGCACCACGGACCAGGUCAUAACAGCGUCCGGAAGGAGUACUCCUGCGCCCUCUGGACCUAUCACGCGAGGCAGAGCAAGAAAGGACGGCAGGACUCGUGGCACCGUAGGCCUGAUCAAUCUCGGCAACACCUGCUACAUGAACUCUGCUCUGCAGUGUAUUAGAAGCGUCGAGGAGCUGACCAUGUACUUUCUUGAGGAACAGUACAAGAAAGAUCUCAAUCCCAGCAAUCCGCUUGGUUACGGCGGUGGGAUGGCGAAGGCAUACGCCGGCCUGCUAGCGAGCAUCUACAGUGACGCAAACAUAUCCUCCUUCUCGCCCAAAGCUUUCAAGGGCGCACUGGGCAAAGCGCAGCCCAUGUUCUCUGGGUACGGUCAGCAGGACUCUCAGGAGUUCCUCAGUUUCUUGGUGGACGCAUUGCACGAAGACCUCAACCGCAUUCAGAAAAAGCCUUACGUCGAGAACCCGGAAUCCGAUGACAAGACUGUUAAUGAUCCAGAGGCCAUCCGUGCACUUGGUGAGAAAUUUCGUGAGAUACACCAUGCUCGCAACGACUCUGUCGCAACAGACCUGUUCAGCGGUUUCUACAAGAACACUAUGGUUUGUCCCGAAUGUGACAAAGUCAGCAUAACGUUCGAUCCCUUCUCUUUACUCACUCUACAACUUCCAAUCGAGCAGACUUGGCAGCACACUGUGUUUUUCUCACCGUUGCACCAGCCUCCCAUGCAGAUCGAUAUCGACAUCGACAAGAACGCAACCAUUCGAAGCCUCAAGGAAUACGUUGCGAAGAGAGUACCUGGCCUGAAGUGGAAUCGCUUGAUGGUUGCCGAGAUUUACAGCCACAAGUUCUACAAGAUCUUCGAGGACAACAAGACCCUAGCCGAGCUCAACAUCCAGUCAAGAGACGACAUCGUAGUCUACGAGCUCGAGCAUGUUCCGAGCAAUUUUCCUCCGCCAAAGAAGAGGCAGGGUAAGGUGCGAUCGAUGCUUAGCUUCGGCAACAACAAUUCGUCGGACGAGGAGGUCCCCGAUAACAACUCUCCGCUCGCUGACCGAAUGGCGGUGCCAAUAUUCCAUCGGAUACCGCAGCCAACGGCAUACAGUUCGUCCACGGCGAUGAAGCUUUGGCCGGCUUUCAUAACGAUCACCCGGGAGGAAGCACAGAACUACGACGAGAUCCUUCGUAAGGUUCUGGGCAAAGUUGCCACUAUGACUACCAAGGACAUUUUGACAGAAGACAACUCUCGAUAUGGAACGCUCGCUUCGAGAAAUAGCUCGGACGCUAUUCUUACGACUGACGACGACGCUUCUUCCAACCUCGACCCUGCGGUACAAGCUAGAUCCGUCGAGGGCGAAGACAGCGUUGUCGAUGUAUCAAUGACGGAGCCUGCGGAGUCUAUGGAGCAGCCUACUGAGGCUAUGGACAGCUCUGGCGAAGCUGAGGUUCCCGGCUCGAAGCCGGCGCAUCCAGUGCUGGAGCCGGGAAGCUUCAUCCAACCCGGACUCAGAUACUUGUUCGAUAUCAAGUACGCGAAAAAGGGCAACGAGCUGAUCCAAACCGGAUGGAGUGCCAUUGACGGCAACAAGGACUACCCGCUGAUCCAAUCACGCGUUCCGUAUAACGAGCGCCGACGGUCAUCGACUGGCAGCGGUAGUUACAAGUCGUCCGCCAGCGACGAGAUGACUGAUCCACGUGAUAUCCCGACACAUUCGGCGGAUCCGAACGACUCUGGCAACGAAAGUGACAACAGCCUCCCUCCAAUCAACCAGAUCAUCCAACGCCCUCUCCAGCAAACCCGGCAGAAAGCCAACCGUGUGGGCGGCAGGCGCAUCACAACAUACUCGCGGAAGUCCAAGCGUCCAACCGCGGCUCCGGUGGCUGGACUCCGUGGCGGCCUUGGUAGACAGCCCUCCGCAGAGCCAGAUGGCGACUCGGCCCUAAUUUGCCUCGGCGAAGCCAUCAUCUUGGACUGGAACCCUGAGGCUUACGAGUCGCUCUUCGAAGGCGUGAACAACGACGACAUGCGCGGUCAAGAGACUUGGGCACAGAUGACGACGCUCCCAGACCCGGAAUUAGCGGAAAAGAAAGCGAAACGCGCCGCGCGGAGAAAACAUGGUAUCACGCUUGAGGAUUGCUUCGCCGAGACGGCGAAAGGAGAGAUCCUGUCCGAGGAGAAUGCGUGGUACUGCAAUCGUUGCAAGGAGCUGCGCCGCGCAAGCAAGACGUUGGAGAUAUGGACGCUGCCGGAUAUCCUGGUCAUCCAUUUGAAGCGGUUCAGCGCGAACAGGGGUUUCAGGGACAAGAUCGACGUGCUGGUGGAUUUCCCAACCGAAGGCUUGGAUCUCAGCUACCGCGUCGGGCUCAAAGAGGGCAAGGAGACCAUCUACGACCUUUUCGCGGUAGACAACCACUAUGGCGGUCUUGGCGGUGGCCACUACACGGCGUUUGCACAGAACUUCUACGACAAGCAGUGGUACGAAUACAACGACUCCCAAGUAUCCCAACGCAGCGCCGCCCACUCGGUCACCCCAGCCGCCUACCUCCUCUUCUACCGCCGCCGCUCUCCCACCCCUUUAGGCCCGCCCUACCUCCAACACCUCGUCGCCAAAUCCCACCACGCCUCCGAAGCACCCUCUGAGGCCUCGUCGCGGCAGAAUUCCCCAAAAGGCCUCCGGCUCGACGGCCCGGCUUCCUCGCCGACGUCGUCGAGCGCCUUACCAGCAGGAGCAAGAGCCGGAGCCGCAGCGCAAGCCGCAGCGGGAGUCCUUCGAAGCGCUGGUUCUGGGACCGGGGUGGGUCUGAUGGGAAUGGAGGGGGAGGAGGAGGUGGUGGAGGUGGUGGGUAGUAUUGAGAGGCCGCCCGGGUAUGUGGAGGAUGAGGGCGUGGGGCUGGAUGAGGCGGACGAGCUUGGUGGCCUCGAGGACGACACGAUUGAGGACGAGGAGCCGCCGGCGUAUUCAGCGGGGCUGGGCGGUCUGAUGGGCCGGGCCUCCGGACAGGAUUGGACGAAGCCGGGCUGGAACUGGGACGGCACGAUGAAUAGGCAUGCUGCGGGAGCGGCGCUGGGCAGUGACGAUGAGGCCGGAGACGCGGCGAGUGAUACGGCGGCUAAUGGGAGUAACGCGGGAGACUCGCUCGGCGAUCGGAUGCUUGAGGAUUUCGGCGAUGAGAUGGGGCCGAGGCCUGGGAAUGUCAGUCCCAUGUCUACCGAGGAGAUGCCGGAUCUGGGGGGCGAGAUGGGGGAUCCGCCCGUUGCGGAGGUGAGAUUGGAGGAGGAGUGGAAGGAGGGCAAGGAUGAAUGA